AUGGGUCCUAAGCUCAAUGUGGCACUCAAUAGACCCAUAAAUAAUGAGUUUUAUGUUUCAAACGAGCGCAUUAGCGGUACCGUCCAGUUAGAGCUUUUCAGGCCAUCUUCAAUAAUUUCAUUGUCAGUUUCAAUCCGGGGUACAUCUCAGACGUACGUGCCGAUGACCAACUCAGAUUCGCUAUUGUUAGUUACGUUUGGCGGUAGAUCUAUCCACACGCUAGUGCACCAAGUCCAGGUGGUGUUCCCACCCGAAAACGUGCGGCAAGCGGCCAAAGGAUCGAAAAAAGGGUUUCAGGUAUCACCGGGUUCUUACAGCUUUGAUUUCGAAUUUUUGAUGCCCAACUGGCUCAAGUGCAUGAAUGAUCACGGCAUCAAGCAGGCAGGAUUCAACAGAAAGGAGCCAUAUCCACGUCUCCCGCCCAGUUUUAAUGGCGACGUUACUGGAGCUGGAUUGGUGGACUGCGAAAACUCUUUUUACAAGAUGGGAUCUGUGACAUACUACAUUAAAGCGUCGCUUGUAUCGGGCAAAAUGGGUUUUCGCUGGACGCCUGGACACUCUAUGGUAGACGCGUAUCAAGCACUGGAUUUUAUGCCCACUCCCAGCAACGACGGUGAACACCCGCUGGGAUUGCAGUCCAGCGUUGGCCCGCCGCAGAAGUUCGUGUCCAAGAAGUCUUUUGAGCUCAGUUCCGACUGCAGUGCAAAAAUCGAGAUCAAAUCUCAGUCUUUAAGCCGCGUUUUUCGAAUGGAUUACAUGUUUCAACCCGGGUGUCAGAAAUUCGACAAAGUGUCACUGAAACUUGACAGGAGACCAACAAGACCGCUCAACGUCAAAGUAUUACAACUAAAGCUUCAUCUGAUAGAGAUUGUUAAUUAUCUGUCACAAGCCCAAGUGAACGCGAUGGUGGGAGCGAUCGCACUGGUAGAGAUGCAGCUAAAUAGAGUUUUGGACACCUCCAGAAUUAGAAGUGCGGCAGAUGGGUCAUUUGAAUGGCCUUUGAACCUUGGUGACAUUCCGGAGCUUGCACGUUACAGAUUCAAUGAUUCUAACAUACUAUAUUGUGGAAAUCGGCUGUUAAGUUUCACCUCCUGCAAUAUUAAACGGGCAUUCAAAUUCUGCUUGAUCUUGAAGCUUGAGGCAAAUGGUACAGUUUUCGAGACUGAGGUUCUGACCACUAUUUGUGACAUUGGUUACUUCUCAAUAGAGGAUCACGAAGAGCUGCCCACGUAUGAAAUAUCUGACGUUCCGCCAAUAUAUUCCAACCAGGACCAAGUGACAGCUUGA